AUGCUUUACUUCUCGUGUUUACAGUAUUCGCAUCGAGAGCGAGUGUCGCUUGUCCCCACUGCGCAUCGAUCUGCUCCGCCCAGCGUUCGCUCCUCCCACCUGUCCCCCCACACCCCACACCGGCCGUGCCCCCCCGCCGAGCCACCGGCCUUUGUCGCGCGCCGCCCGCGCGGUCACCUGUGUCGCACGUCCUCAGUCGCAAAGCGGCCGCGUCGCGCGCCACCCGCUUCGUAUUACGCGCUAUAUUAUGACAGUGACGUGAUGGAGGGCAAAGAGUUCGGUGCGGUUCCCGGCUUACCCGCCGGAUUGGACUAUUUUAUGAUGCCUCGUGUCAGCCAUCCCGCGCCACAGUUUGACUUCAGAAAAUUAGGCGCCAGUUUCAGCGGCCGAGAUGAAGAAAAAUGUGAAGAGCGACGGUCACCCGAGUAUAUGCCGGAACGUCGCGAUCCACCGCCUGCGCCUUGGCCUCUCGGGCUAGGGGUUCAAUUUGUAAAUCCCGCUACAGGAAAGAAAAGAGUGCAGUGUAAUGUUUGCCUUAAGACUUUUUGCGAUAAAGGCGCGUUAAAAAUACAUUUUUCCGCCGUGCAUCUAAGAGAGAUGCACAAGUGUACAGUGGAGGGGUGUACUAUGAUGUUUAGUUCGCGGCGCUCGCGGAACCGCCACAGCGCUAAUCCGAACCCGAAGUUGCAUUCUCCUCAUGUAAGACGUAAGAUUUCUGCUCACGACGGCAGGUCUGCGCAGCCGUUCCCGCUCUUGCCGGCGCUUGCUCGUCUACCAUUACCACCGCCUGCGCUUCUUCCACCUGAAUUAGCGGCUCGUCUUCCGCCUCCUUUAUCUGCACCUCCUCCUAAUCAUCUACCUCCUCGUGUACCGCUUGAUGAUCUCCGUAACUUCAGUGAAAUUGAAAAAAUGUAUAGAAAAAUACCAUCUCCUGAAAAUCAAUCCCGCCAUGCAUUAGAUCUUGUAAAGCCUAUGUCACAUGAAGAAGAAUCAAGUAACUAUAGUGAAAACAAUGAAGAUGUUUCCGAUAGUGAAAAUAAAGAAAAAAUUGAAAGAUUCGAACCUCAAGACCAACAAAGAUUGAACUACAUUGAUGAGCCGGAGGAUUUAAGUGUAAAUAAAAAGAAAGAUGAUGACAUUAAAUCUUUAAGUACGCAGUCUAACCCUAGUGCAAGGACUGAUAGUACCACUGCAGAUGAUAAAUCGCCUUUGGUUCCUAACAAACGUAAGAGAAAAAGUGGGAAUCCUACGAGAUGCUCACAAAAUAAUGAAUAUAUUGUGUCUGAUGAGGAGUAUAAUGGUGAUUUAUUCAGAAAUUUGUCUACUCCUAGUUCUAGUCGAACAGAUGAAGAGCCUUUGUCUCUAAAAAAACAAAAACCCGAGAAAUGGGAGCCAUUUCAGAAAAGUGAGGAAGCAAUUGUGGACGCGGAAUCAGUAACGAGAGUAAAGACAGAAAGUGAAUCUGAUGAUGAAUCUAGUGCGCCUAGCGUUGUUCGAGAAGGGUUGAGAUUACGAUCAGAUCUUUAUACACCGAGUGACAGCGGAAGUGAUUUGCAUACAUUAGAAGAACGGUUGGCUCGAGCUCGAUCGCCGUCAGCGAGCAGUGACAGGACAGACGAGCGAUCUGAAAUGAAUGAUAUCGAAAUUCCUAUAGAUGAUGAAAAUCCAGACCGAUGUACAGCAUGCGGAAAAAUAUUUCAAAACCACUUUACAUUGCGAAUGCAUUAUAGAAACGAUCACUUGAAAUUGCUUCAUCCGUGUGAUGUAAAUGGUUGUGAUGCGGCCUUUCCAUCACGAAGGAGCCGGGAUAGGCACAGCUUAAACGUAGAUAUGCAUCGACGCCUUUUGUCUACAGGUUCACCCGAAAAUCAAGAACAGAAACCAUCUUUUGAAGUUAACGCAGAAUUGCUUAAUAAAUUAUACGCCGAUAUCAAGGGCCUUGCAUCAACACUUGAAAGCUUGAGAUACGGCGGCGACGAGUCUUCCCAAAUUCCUACUUAUGUGACUGAAACAAUGAAGUUCUAUAGUAGAAACUUAACUGCCCUACAAGCUGGUAUGUUUCCACAAUUCGGCGAUAGAGGGUUUCUUCCGAGUCCGUUUCUGAUGGGCAGUGGGACGCCUCAACCUGGUGGUUUAUACGCGCCAACAGGGGUGCAGUCUGCUCGCGAGUCUCUGUCUCCCUUGUCUGCGUCGUCUCCCCCUGUGAUAUCACCGGGGCGGCUAGACGCAGCGCACGCGCGUCCUCGGGACGAUGCUAAAUUGCUUUUUCGCGAGACCUCAGAAUCCUACAAGAAAAUGACUUCUCUAUGCGAGCGACAAGACCAGCUUUACCAGCACCAUGUCCCGGUGUCA